CUGGAGGCAACCUCUCAGAUACUCUUAAGAGCAGUUUCCCCCGCAGGUCCCUCUAGAGGAUCAGCCGAGAUGGUCAAGUACAAGAUCCUCGUGGCCACUGGAGACUCGGUUUUUGCGGGCUCUGCCAACCUGGUGCAUCUGUGGCUGGUGGGCGAGCAUGGAGAGGCGGACCUUGGGAAGCAGCUGCGGCCACUGCUGGGAAGGAAGACAGAGCUGGAGGUCGACGUCCCCUUGCAUCUAGGGCGCCUCCUGGCGGUGAAGCUGCGCAAACAGAAAGGCCUAUUGGAUUCUGACUGGUUCUGCAAGAGCAUCACUGUGCAGGGCCCUGGGACCCAAGGAGAAGCCUUUUUCCCCUGCUACAGUUGGGUGCAGGGCAAGGAGACUAUCUGCCUAACCGAGGGCACUGCCCUGAAGGUAACCGAUGACACUCAGAACCUGUUUAGGAAGUAUCGAGAGCAGGAGCUGGAGAACAGAAGGAAUGUGUAUCGGUGGGGCUCCUGGAAGGAGGGAUUAAUCCUGCCUAUAGCAGGGAGUACUGAACGGGACCUCCCCAGGAACCAGAGAUUCAUGAAGGAUAAGGAUUUAGAUUUUUCCCUCUCUCUGGUCAAAGAGUUGAAGAACUUUGCUAUUAAGGGGACUCUAGAUUUUGUAAGUCGUGUACAAAAGCUGGAAGAUUACCAGAAAGUAUUCCCACAUACAAAGACUGCUCUGCCCGAGCAGGUCCGUGGUUCCUGGAAGGAAGAUGCUCUCUUUGGGUACCAGUUCCUCAACGGUGCAAACCCCAUGCUCCUGAGGCGGUCCAUGCGCCUUCCAGCCCGGCUGGUCCUGCCUCCAGGGAUGGAAGACUUACAGACCCAGCUGGAGAAGGAGCUCAAGGCUGGAUCUCUAUUCGAAGCUGAUUUCUCCCUGCUGGAUGGGGUCAAGCCUAACAUCAUCAUUUUUAAGCAGCAAUAUGUGACAGCCCCUUUGGUCAUGCUGAAGCUACAGCCCGAUGGGAGGCUCUUACCCAUGGUCAUCCAGCUCCAGCCACCACGACACGGAUGUCCCCCGCCUCUGCUCUUCUUGCCCUCAGAUCCCCCCAUGGCCUGGCUCUUGGCCAAGAUCUGGGUCCGAAGCUCUGACUUCCAACUGCACCAGUUACAGUCACAUCUGCUGAGGGGACACCUCAUGGCCGAGGUUAUUUCUGUGGCCACAAUGAGGAGUUUACCCAGCCUGCACCCCAUAUACAAGCUCCUUGCCCCCCACUUUCGCUACACCAUGGAGAUCAACACCCUGGCACGGAAUAAUCUUGUCUCCGAAUGGGGAAUUUUUGACCUGGUGGUGAGCACGGGGAGUGGAGGCCACGUGGACAUUCUCCAGAGAGCCACGUCGUGUUUGACUUACCGCUCCCUUUGCCCUCCGGAUGACUUGGCUGACCGUGGACUCUUGGGGGUAAAAUCUUCUCUGUAUGCCCAGGAUGCCCUCAGGCUGUGGGAGAUCAUUAGUCGGUAUGUGGAAAGGAUGGUUGAGCUUUUCUACAGGAGUGACACAGAUGUGAAGGAGGACCCGGAGCUGCAGGUUUGGUGCCGCGAGGUCACUGAGAUCGGACUGCUUGGGGCCCAGGACCGAGGGUUCCCCCUGUCCUUAGAGUCCCGGGCUGAGCUGUGUCGCUUUGUCACUAUGUGCAUCUUCACGUGCACUGGUCAGCACGCGUCUACACAUCUGGGUCAGCUGGACUGGUAUGCCUGGAUCCCAAAUGGCCCAUGCACCAUGCGGAAGCCCCCACCCAUCUCCAAGGAUGUGACAGAGAGGGAUAUAGUGGAUGCGUUGCCUUGCCUCCAGCAGGCACGGAUGCAGAUAACAUUCACCAAGUUCCUUGGCAGACGCCAGCCUGUCAUGGUGGCCCUGGGGCAGCAUAAAGAGGAGUAUUUCUCAGGCCCCAGGCCCCGGGAUGUGCUGAAGCAAUUCCAAGAGGAGCUGGCUAUCAUGGACAAGGAGAUUGAGGUCCGGAAUGCAAGCCUGGACCUGCCCUAUGAGUACCUCCGACCCAGCCUGGUGGAAAACAGUGUGACCAUCUGAGAGGCCUUGCCCAUCUCAGCCCCAGAGGAGGCUGCUGUCUCUGUGUGUCUGCACAGUCUUGUCCUCCUUGGCCACACCCUCUGGUGAAUAGACAGCUUCCCACCACACAGCCCUGGGGAAUGCACAGCGAUUAUCCCUGUUGUGUUUUAGCUGCCCUAACUCCAUGGUAUGUGCUUGAAUCCCUAGUACCUACUUCUCUUCCCCAAAAGAUAUGGUUUAUACAUUAAUAAAACAAAAAUCUCUCCCUUAAA